GGUAAUAGUAAGAGGUCAAAUUCCAAGCUUUAGUUCAUUGCUAGCAGAGAUUUGCGACAAGAGAAACAGAAGAAGGAAAAAUGACGUUCAGUUCCAGCAUCUGCACAUCUGCUAAAUUCUGGGCGUGGCAAGCAUCUUUUCUGCUGCUGCUUACCAACAAUGGUGCAUCACAGUCGAUCAUCAAGAACUUGCCGGGCUUUUCCGGUGACCUCCCCUUCAAGCUUGAAACAGGGUAUGUGAGCGUUGGCAAAUUUGAUGAACUGCAAAUGUUCUACUACUUCGUUGAGUCAGAGAGGAGUCCAGAAAACGAUCCUCUGCUUCUUUGGAUAACAGGAGGCCCUCGAUGUUCUUCUUUUUAUGGCCUCGUUUAUGAAAUUGGUCCAAUAUCUUUCCAAUUUGGAGACUUGAACAAGGACCCAUUAACACUUGUUACGAAUCCAUACGCAUGGACCAAGCUAGCAAACAUAAUAUUUUUAGAUGCCCCUGCUGGUACUGGAUUUUCAUACUCAACAACUCUGGAGGGGUAUAUCAGUAGUGAUACCCUGCAUGCCACAAGAGCUUACGAGUUUCUCAAAAGGUGGCUUGUGACUCAUCCCCAGUUUCUUGCAAAUCCUCUCUACAUUUCUGGAGAUUCCUUCUCAGGAAAAAUUGUUCCCAUCAUUGUUCAGCAUAUAACCGAUGAUAUUGAAGCAGGAACCGAACCACCUUUGAAUCUCAAAGGAUACAUAAUUGGCAAUCCAGCUACAAACACUAAGGGGGAUGUUAACUCGAGAAUUGAGUAUGCUCAUCGUAUGGCGCUUAUAUCAGAUAGAAUAUACGAGUCAACUACAAGGAAUUGCAAAGGCGAAUACGUAGAUGUAGAUCCAAACAAUCAACUAUGCCUCAACAGUCUUCAAGCUUUCCAGGAGUGCACUGGAAGACUUGAUUCCGAACACAUAUUAGCACCUUUGUGCCCCAGGGCAAACGACUAUGACGAAUUAACAGUGUUAGAAAUGAACUGGAAUUGGAAGGCGGGUAUCUCACACCCUGUUGAGGAUACUUUGAAAGAUUUCCCCUCUUCUCUGCAGUUGUGUCGGGAAGAUAGGAUUCGCUACUCUGUUGUUUGGGCAAAUGAUAUAAAUGUCCGUAAAGCUCUCAACAUUCGAGAGGGAACAAAAGGUGAAUGGGCUAAAUGCAAUAGAACAACACCUUAUACAUUUGAUAUCCCAAGUAGUCUUGAAUAUCAUCGAAACCUCAGCAAAAAGUCCCUUCGUGCUUUGGUCUACAGUGGUGAUCAUGAUAUGGCCAUACCAUAUAUAAGUACACUGGCGUGGAUAGAAUCCUUGAACUUGACACUUGAAGAUGAUUGGAAACCAUGGUUUUCUGACGAUCAAGUUGCCGGAUACACAAUUUACUAUUCGAAUAAAGAGUAUAAUUUGACAUAUGCCACCAUAAAGGGAGGAGGGCAUACAGCUCCAGAGUACAAUCCUAAGGAGUGUUUUGAUAUGUUCAAUAGGUGGCUAGGGCAUUCUCCUAUUUAAUCUGUUCUAGCACACUAAGGCCUCAUUUGAUAGAGAGGAUUGAGUUAAGCAUGACUAUUACUGUGUAACUACAAGUACAUUUACUUAACCGUAACGUCAUUCAUAAUUUUGGUACAUUAUGUUUUCCCAUAUCAUUGUUUUUCUUGCUUGAUUAAA